CUCAGCCAUACAUAAAAAUCCAGUAUUCAAACUUUUGAAUUUAGGACACUGGUAAGGAACAUUGAUCUCCUGAUGCUGCUGGCAUUAUUUGCCAUGGUUCCAAAUAAGUCAGAAUAAGAGUUCUACAUUAUCUAGAAGAGAGACUCUACUUCCAUGGGGAUCCAGCCGCCCAGGCAGCUUGUCCUUAGAUGUAUAUAGUUAUUAUCUCUCUUGAUAAGUGAGGAUGAAAGUUUUUUCUCUGAGCUGGUGGGUUGGUUUCCUAAGGUUUUGUUACCUGACUAGGUAACAUCGUCAGUGGAGUUUAGGGGAUCAUGAUAUGUCUGAUAUGUCUUGAGAAUAAAUUAAUAAAUGAGUGUCUUGUCUCAUAUCUCAUUUAUUGAUUGGCAAAAGUCAUCUGGCUGGACAGCUAGAGCUGAUGGUGGUAGUAGUUUUCUCUAGCUCCUUACUGCCAUCUGGGGUCAUCGGGACUCCUGCAGCCCGGAUAUGGUAAACCUAAUGCUAACUAUUGUGAAACCUGAACGGGUCGGGUUCUGCCCUGGAUGUUUCUCACGACCUGAUGGUGGGGAAGAAAAUUAUGAAAGCCGCCAGGACCGAAGGCAGCGGGACAUCCGCAGAUUCUCCUGUCUUUUCCCCAAAGAGAACUUCGGCUCAAGAGAACCGCCUCUGCUCCUCACCAACACUGUACACACGCGAGCGCCGAAGAGGCUGCCUGGCGCUGCCUACACGGUGGAGGACAUCCCGCAUUGGGGCAGGGGCAGGGACUCAAAGGACUGGCGAGAAGGAGCAAGACGGUCAGGCCCGUAGGGUGGGGGGUGUCUCUGGAAGAGGAGGCGGGUUGCAGUCGCCGAUCCUUGAAGAUCAUAGCCGAGGCCCCGAAGGCUGUGGCUCGUCUUUCACCGAAGCGACCCCCACUCUACCCCAAGCUCCGGUUGCGAAGGAGUGGAAGGCGGCUGUUCACCGGCAUUCGCCCCCAGCUGGGCUGCAAGUCCCGGCGGGAAACCGGAGCAAUUCAAAGUGCCGCCCGCUUCGCCCUCCCUUCCUCUGAGUCAAGAGCCGCGACCGCUUUUUCGCUAGGAACGUCGCCCUGCGUUUGGGCGGGAAGUUACGAAGGUGCUUUGGCCUCCCCUGAGCGCCUCGCCAGACGGGACGGGAAAACAGAAAAGAGGACGACAGGCAGAGCGACGUCUGUUGGCUGGGGCAUGAAAGGGAAAUCUCCCCCUCCCCUUGUAUUCCUCUCCUCCCCUUCUCUUCCUUUUCCAGCGACGGGGAGGCGGGGGCUCUCUGGCCGCUGCCGCCCCAUGCGACGCCCAGGCUGGCGGCGCCCCCGGUGGGCUCCCCGUGACUCCUGGCCCCUCUUGUCAUGCUUGUGGUUUGGGACGACGCGGCGAGUCCGUGCGCCAAGAAAAGCCGAGCGCCCUCGAGCCCCGCCGCAGAACCCGGGCAGCGCGAGCACCAAGCACCGGCUGCCUCUAACUACGCCCAGACGCUGCUUUGCUCGCAGCUCAUUGGAGCGAGCGAGACGGGGCCGCUGCUGCCAGACCCUUGGCAAGGCAAGGCAAGGCAAGGCACGGAGCAGGCACAGAGGCCGAAGCCCCCCAGCCCGCCAAGCGCCUUUGGCCACCAGGGGCAGAAGGAGCAUCCCGCCGCCCGAGGCCAGACGACCGAGCCCUAGUCCCAGCUCUGCCCCUUUGGAGCUAGCCGGCGGCGCUUACCCGGUCCUCUCUCCUCCGCAGCAGGUGGUUCCGCGUCGCGAUGGGUGGAGGGAAGGUGCAAAUGUUGCUGUUCUUGGGGCUCCUGCAAUGGGGUCCUGGCGGAGAGGGCAGGAAGAGCUGGAGGCGGCGUGGACCGCAGCAGCAACCCUCCGCAGCGGCCCGAGAACGAAGCGAAGUGGCUGGGCAGCCGGUGGAGAGCUUCCCGUUGGACUUUACCGCUGUGGAGGGGAACAUGGACAGUUUUAUGGCUCAGAUCAAGAGCCUGGCGCAGUCGCUGUACCCUUGUUCCGCGCAGAAUCUGCACCAGGAGCUGAAGCUUCACUCGCUUCUGAACAGCUCGGUCACCUGCAACGACGGCAGUCCCGCCGGCUACUACCUCAAAGAAUCAAAAGGCAGCAGAAGGUGGCUUCUAUUCUUGGAAGGAGGCUGGUAUUGCUUCAGCAGAGAGAAUUGCAAUUCUCGUUAUGAAACAAUGAGGAGAUUAAUGAGCUCCAAGGAGUGGCCCAUUACCAGAACUGGAACAGGCAUUUUGUCAUCACAACCAGAAGAAAAUCCUCACUGGUGGAAUGCAAAUAUGGUUUUCAUCCCAUAUUGCUCAAGUGAUGUCUGGAGUGGAGCCUCUGCCAAAACUGAGAAAAAUGAAUUUGUCUUCAUGGGUGCCCUCAUCAUACAAGAAGUUGUAAAGGAAUUAUUGGGGAAAGGCCUUGUAAAUGCCAAGGUGCUGCUGUUGGCAGGAAGCAGUGCUGGUGGAACAGGAGUCCUCUUGAAUGUGGAUCGAGUGGCUGAACAGCUGGAAGAGCUGGGAUAUCCUGGGAUUCAGGUCCGUGGCCUUGCAGACUCUGGCUGGUUCUUGGAUAAUAAACAAUAUCGUAGGACAGACUGCAUUGAUACCAUAACCUGCGCCCCCACAGAAGCCAUCAGGAGAGGAAUUAGAUAUUGGCAUGGACUUGUUCCUGAACGCUGCAAAAUGCAAUUUAGAGAAGGAGAAGAAUGGAAUUGUUUCUUUGGCUAUAAAAUUUAUCCUACUCUCCAAUGUCCUGUUUUUGUGGUGCAGUGGCUGUUUGAUGAAGCUCAACUCACUGUGGACAAUGUACAUUUGACUGGCCAGCCAGUACAGGAAGGACAGUGGCUUUAUAUCCAAAAUCUGGGCCGUGAAUUGAGGAAUACGCUCAAGGAUGUGACAGCCAGCUUUGCUCCAGCUUGUUUGUCUCAUGAGAUCAUAACACGCAAUCAUUGGACAGACAUCCAAGUGAAAGGGACCUCUUUGCCCCGAGCUCUGCACUGCUGGGAUCGCAGUCUACACGACAGCAAUAAGAAUGGGAAAGCCCCAUUAAAAGGCUGCCCGGUCCAUCUGAUUGACAGCUGCCCAUGGCCACAUUGUAACCCAUCAUGCCCUACCAUCCGGGACCAAUACACCGGCCAAGAGAUGAAUGUGAUCCAAUUUCUCAUGCAUAUGGGUUUUGAUGUGCAGAAGAUGGCACAGCAGCAAGGGUUGGAGCCCAGUAAACUUCUAGGGAUGCUGAGCAGUGCUAGCUAGAAGUGUAUUCUCUUAAUGGCAAUGGCUUGACUCUUUAGACACCCAACUUUCUGCCUUCUUUGCUCACGUACAGCACGUAAACAUCUACAGAGACAAGUAGCCAAACUUAUGCACAUAGCUCUUGCACAAUUAGCCUAUCAGGAUCAAACGGACAGAAUCUCAUCUACCCACUUAAAUGAAGCAUUACCUCUACAUUACUGCCAAGCAGUACCUCUGUUCACAAGGACAAUCUACAGGAAGUAACGGGUGCCUAGAAACUCCAGCUUCAAAAACCCAUAAGGGCCUUCAUGCAUUUUAUCAUGUCCAAGGCAUUUCUAGGCCAUAGAGUGACUUUGGGGAUGGGUGGGAGCACUGAAUUAUUCUCCCAUCGGAAGGGAAGAUAUGACCGCAAGGACUUCCUGGAGCCAGCAGCUCACCAUGUAAGAUACUGUACAAACAAAGCACAGCGGCUACAAAUGGAUCUACCGUGUAUUCAAAUUACUUUUGUAUUGUUUAUGAAAUGAUUUUAUUACUUGACUUUUAAAAGAAAUAAGCAAGAAAUAUAAAAUUAAUGAUAUUGUUUUGUAACAUAUUUUUUAAAUAAUGAAGAAAACGGCUUAUGCUAUUUUGGCAAUGUGAAAAUAUUUAUUUUAAUAUGUAAAUGCUAUUUAUAAGGGCUGAUCCAAGAUAUGCUCACAUGUUGUAAAGUUGUAAAUACUUUCUUGGAAAGGUUUUCCUUGUGAACACAUACGUAUGGGAGAGGGCAAGGGUCAGCAUUGGCAUUAUAUUAUUAUUAUAAUUAUUAUUAUAAUUAUUAUUAUUAUAAUUAUUAUUAUUAAAUCCUUAUGACUCCCUUUG